ACCGCCUUCCCAUCCUUCGAGCUUUCGGCUGGACUGACUGGUAUAUUACACUCAAUCACGCACGGGUUGAUGCUUCUCAAUGCCUAUCUUAUCUUCUAUCCAUUGUCUAGACUUGGUUGAUGACGGCUCUUGCACUGAUGGUUGCAGUUCUAGUUAUCCUUGUUGUGGCUCUAGCAACCGAAUUAAGAGCAAAUGUGGGGUUUACUAGGGCAAUACUGAUGUCACUAAUGAGCUUUGCACCUAUCCUAAUAAAUAUUGUAAAGCAAUGGACAUUACUAGAGCUGGUUAUCGGGGUAAUAGGCAGGCUUGAGAGCUUUAAUAAGGCAGUAAGGACCGAGAAUGGAAAUAGUGUGACACAACAGCUACCAGAAGAUUGGCCAUAGUUUGGCGCUGUCUAAUUGGAGAACGUCUUAGCCUCUUAUUAGUAUAUAAGCAAAUCCUCGCGGAGAAGUA